GAACGGGGGGGAAGAGAAAGUUGGGAGGAAAUAGCCCAGGAAAAGUGACACUCGCGGAGCCCGCCGGAGCGCGGAGGAAAUAAAAGCGGCGGCGGGCAGGAAGUGUGAGGAGGAGGAGGAGGAAGGGGAGAAGAAGGAGGCGGAGGAGGAGGAAAAAGAAGAAGAAGAAGAAACAGCAGCAGCCGCUGCCGCCGCGGCAGAAAAGAAAGCAAAAGCCGCCCGAGGGCUCGGAGCCGGCGGCGCGGCAUCCGCGGGGCUGCGCGGCCAUGGCCCGGGAGAACGGGGACGGCGGCGGCUCCUGGAAGAAGCAGGCGGAGGACAUCAAGAAGAUCUUCGAGUUCAAGGAGACGCUGGGGACGGGUGCAUUCUCUGAAGUUGUUUUGGCUGAAGAGAGAGCAAGUGGAAAACUCUUCGCAGUCAAAUGCAUUCCCAAGAAGGCACUGAAGGGAAAGGAAAGCAGCAUAGAGAAUGAAAUUGCAGUGCUGAGAAAGAUCAAGCAUGAAAAUAUAGUUGCUCUGGAAGACAUCUAUGAGAGCCCGAACCAUUUAUAUUUGGUCAUGCAGUUAGUGUCUGGUGGAGAGCUCUUUGACCGCAUUGUUGAGAAGGGGUUCUACACGGAGAAGGACGCCAGCACCCUGAUCCGGCAGGUCCUGGACGCUGUGUACUACCUGCACCGCAUGGGCAUCGUGCACAGGGACCUCAAGCCUGAGAACCUGCUUUACUACAGCCAGGAUGAAGAGUCAAAAAUCAUGAUCAGUGACUUUGGAUUGUCGAAGAUGGAGGGUAAAGGAGAUGUGAUGUCCACAGCCUGUGGAACUCCUGGCUAUGUUGCUCCUGAAGUGCUGGCCCAGAAGCCCUACAGCAAAGCCGUGGAUUGCUGGUCCAUCGGGGUCAUUGCCUACAUCCUGCUCUGUGGUUAUCCCCCUUUCUAUGAUGAAAACGACUCCAAACUCUUUGAGCAGAUCCUUAAGGCAGAAUAUGAGUUUGACUCUCCAUACUGGGAUGACAUCUCCGAGUCUGCUAAAGACUUUAUUCGGAAUUUGAUGGAGAAGGACCCUAAUAAAAGAUACACCUGUGAGCAGGCAGCACGGCACCCCUGGAUCGCUGGAGAUACAGCACUCAACAAAAACAUCCACGAGUCGGUCAGCGCUCAGAUCCGGAAGAACUUUGCAAAAAGCAAAUGGAGACAAGCGUUCAACGCCACGGCAGUCGUGCGGCACAUGAGGCGGCUACACCUCGGCAGCAGCCUGGACAGUGCCAGCGCCAGCGUGUCCAGCACCCUCAGCCUCGCCACGCCACUCCCCGACGCAGCCACACGGAAAGAUUGUAUGUCUCCAUCCACUCUCUGUAGUUUUGUUUCAUCUGCUUCUUCAGGCGUUUCUGCGGUAGGAGGGGACCGGAGACCCAGACCCACCACAGUGACCACAGUGCACACAGGGAGCAAGUGAGCGCCGGGGCGGCGAGGAGCGGGCAGGCGGCCUCGAGCCGUCCCACCCUGCUCGGCCAAGGACUAGAAGAAAGAAGAUUUUUUUAUGGCCAUAUUUUAUACUGCAAUUCUGAAAUGUUUCAUUUAUCACAAACUGCAAUGACUCCAGGAGGAACGGAAUCUAACAGUCUCUGGUGCUGUACAUAUAUAUACAUAUAUAUAUAUAUCUAUAUAUAUAAAUAUAUAUAUGUAUGUGAGUCUAGCAAUGUUCUAACUAAUGAACACUCAUUCUUUCCCCCAGUGAUUUACUCUCUUCUCAGUGUAGGUAACAGUAUAUGUUGUAUUUUUUUCCAUUAACUACAAACAUCUCAACUGGAUUAUUUAAAUAGAAAUACUUUUCUGAGCAUUUUUUUUUUCUUUUAAAAAUUACUUCAAAUAAUGUCCCUCUUCCAGUUUGCUGGGGGAUAGGCUAUUUCUGUAGGUAGGAAUUGGCAUUAACUUUGCAACCCGGGAGGAUUUCAAUGGCAUGCCAUUUCUUGCUCCUCAAAUUGGACUGCAAGUCUGUCUGGCUUUAGCCGAGCUGUUACUGCUCAGAUUAAGAAACUGCUGCUUUCCCCCCCAUCCUCCUCCUUGAAAGCCAUGGGGAGAAUUAAAUUGCCACCAGCUGGGAGUUAGCUCAUCCUUGGCCUCAUUCCUGUUGUGCUGGGGAUCAGCACCCCUGUUUCAGAGGAGAGGCAGGGACAUGGAGGCAGGAGCUGACCAGAGCUGUGCAAGGGAAAUGAUAGCACAGUCUCAUCCUGCAGCUCCCAUCUCCUUUGACUUGCUGUGUGUUGCGAGCAGAGGGAAAGAAAAGGAAGAUACGGGGGUGGGAAUCAUCAUCUUCUGCCACUGAUUUGCUGUGCUGCCCUCAAGCAAGACAUUUAAUUCACCAGCCUCCCUGUAGUGUGGCCUCUGGCAUGGGGUGCAUCCAGCCCAAGGGCUUCAUGAGAUGCUCAGCACCUCCCAGAGUAGCCAAAAGUGGGGAGAGGAGUGGUGCUUGAAGCCCUCUGUAAAGCACUGGUUUGCACCCAAAGGUUCUUGGGUGCAAAUUGCAGGAUGUGGUGUAGUGUAGCUCCAUCAUGAUCAGGCUGAGGGCUGACAAGGAGUGCUGAGCUGGGAAAGCAGGACCCUGCUGGAAGGCACAGGCACAGCUGGUGGCAGGGGUGGCACUGGCUCUCCUUCCUCCCCAGAGACUCAUAUACCAAAGGAAGCCAAAUUUUUACCCAUUUUUUAAUUACUAAGUGCAUGCACUUUCCAGGCUCUUUGUGCUGGUGCAUUGUUCAGGCAUAGCCACCACAACUGUUGUGCUGCUGGGCAUUAAAGCAGCUUGAAACAGAGAAGAGAGCAAAUUUUCCCAAUUUGCUAAAAGGCUCCCUCCAGGUUACCUCAAUGAAAUUCCCAUCUGAUUUUGCUUUGAGGAGGUGAGAGGGGAGGCAGGUGGCAGAGGAAGAUGCCCUUCACUGGGCACUCUGAGCCCUCCCAUCCCAGACAGGUCCAUCCCUGCCAGAGGCACAAUUCCCUGCAAGGUGCUCUGUUGCCACACUUGCCUCACUUGUUCUGCACAAGAAAUUGUGAAAUCCAGUCACAGACAGAGCUGAAUGUAUCAGGCAAUAGUGCCUGUGCUGGGAAAAGCCAUAAGAUAGGUAUUUUUCAUCGAGAUUUCUAUAUCCUGCUCCAGCUUUAGCUGGUUGGCUUCACACAGCAGAGCCGGGAUUUCAUCCAUCUUUCUAAAAAAAAAGGAAAAAAGAAACCUGGAAAAGCAGGUUGCAGUGAGCCCUGCCUCUGUUUGAAAUAGCCACUCCAGUGGCACUCAGAGCUGUUGCACCAGAUCCCUAGUUUCCUCUGUGUUAAGUUGCUCCCUGUUUUCAGAGGGCUGUGGCACAUCUGAGGGAGCCCCGGGUGCUGCAGCUGCCAUGGAUGUUCACACAGAAAAGACAUCAACUUCUCAUUUUAGGAAAGAUAGCAGAUACUGAACUGUUGGGGGCUUAUAUCAAAACUCCAUAUAAUUUCCACGGUGAAGACUUCUGACCAAGAUUUGGGCAGACUGAAGGGCAGGGGAUCUCCUUGCUGCAAAUCACGUUCCUGUCCCUGCACCCUGGCCAUUGCCAUCAUACACUUUUUAUCAGCAUCUGCAUCUGAGCUCUUUAUGUCUUGCUGCAAAAGCAUUAAAACAUGAAUAGAACACAUUUUAAACUCAGUCUAAGGCCACUUUAUUUGGCCAGCCUGAGUAAGGAGGUUUUAGUUUUGAGGGACUCCAACCCCAAAAAAAUUCAAGGUAUUUCGAACCCCAGUGAUUCCAUAAGCACAGUUGGGUCUAUUCUGCUGCAGUUGCAGGUUGUAAAUAGACUCCCAGUCUGGCAUCAGUGGAGUUCCCCAUAUUUACACACAUGCAACCAAAAGCAGGAUUUAGUUAGGGAAUAAUUGUCUCUGGAAUAAUUUAGGGGGAAAAAAAAUAAAAUAGGGAAUAAUUUUGUCUCUGUAGAGCAAUUUUAAAGUUUAGGGCUCAAGGGUUCCCUCUGUGCCUCCUCUUCUGAAACCUGAGGUUUGGUUUGAACGUGACCUCAGCAGUUGCUGUGGCCACUGAUCAAAAUACAGCAUCCAAAUGAAUCUUGUAGAAAAAAGAAAAGCAAAUGGAUUUCCAUCUCUGAAACAAAGAGCAGUGACAGGAGCAAAGGCAGACGUGCUGUCCUGCAGAUGGAGGGUUCCCAUGCGCUGGCUGCCCCUCCUUGCUGGGUGCUUUCUGUGGUUUUUUGUUGGGAGGGUAUUUUUCCUUCCAUUUUUGGAAUUAGUGUGAUUUGGUUUUGUUUCUGCAAGUAAUAUUCUGCCUUGGUUGUGUAAUUUAUCAUUCUCUUUGGCUUGCUAUCAACUGCUGGGAUCGUAAGAUAAGAAACAGAAGCACUUAAGAGCAAAAUUGUUUCUUUCUGCUGCAGUUUUGGUGGUGGGGAGCUCUUCUUUGGUAUCAGUGAAACACAGAUGGAGACCUGACCUAGGUUCACCAAAUGCUUAAAGAUGUCUCCUGAAGCAUCACUUGGUUAAAACGUCUCAGUUUAAAUCUGUGUAAAUCUGUUAACAGGGGUGACUUGGUAUCAGCCAGGCCAGAUCUGUGGGAGGGGGCUGGAGACAUUUGCCCCUUGGCAGCACAGCCUGUUAGGGCAAACACUCUGGUCUUGCUUGCCAGGGAUGCUCCAGUGCUUUUGCAUGUCCUUCCUCUGCCCCAGCCUGCUUCUGCUCAGCCACUCUCACAGGAGAAUGCAAAGGUGAUGUAAAUAAUGUGGACAUGAGGGGAAUGGCCACAUAGCCCCACAGUAGUAGCUUCAAAACAAAUCCCCAGCUGGCCUUGCCAUGAAGGACUAGGUAGAAAAAUCACUCUGGGCUCUUUUCCAAUGAACUGUCCCACUAAACAAUCUGUGAUUUGCUGCUUGCAUGAGGACUUCAGCCUGGACUCUGUUUGUUACCCUUUCCUGCUUUACCUUACUGGUACCAAUGUGUUUUUCCUUUGUAAAUUGUUUUCCUCAGCUCCUUCCCCUUCUUUUUCUUUGCUUGCAGCUUUGAUUGUUGAUUUUUACCUCCAGAGUCACAGAGGUCAUCUCUGAUGCCAACAGCAGUGCUCUUGCUGGGAAAACAAAACAAAACAAAACAAAACAAAAUCCAGAAAAGCUCCAGCUGGCCCCUUAGCCUGCAGAAGAAGUUGUGAGGACAGGCUGCCCAUGAACUCUGCAAGCUGAAAGUCAGUAUUGCAGUGGCAAGGGCUUCUGCUGAUGAUUUUGCAUGUGACUUCAUUCUCAGUGCAUCCUAACUUUCUGCUGGAUCACCCCUUCUGCAGCAUGAAAUGGAUAUUUGACCCUGCAACAUGGCUAGUGGGGAAGUAGGAGCGUGGGGGAAAACCUGGCAGUGUUGCUUUCUUGAGACUGUGUCACUCUGCUGCUGCUGUCUCUUCUGUCCUGGUUGCUGCUGUACAGGUGCCAUUAGAGUAGUGGGUACAAAAAAAAAAAAGAAAAAAAAAGAUUUUACCUAUGCUUUGUGUGUCUGUUAUGGUUGUGGUGCUGAAAUAAAACCAAGAAAUUUGGUUCAUUCCUCAUGUGAAUCAAACCACAAAGAGGGGUGUGAUCCCACUGGCAGACAUCUCCAUAUAGUUCUACAGUAGGCACUGGAUAUGGGUUUCUGCUGUGCGUGUGUCCUGCAUACCUCCAUGACUAUUGACGGUAUUUUUAUUUAUUGCCAAUUAUUUUGGGUCCCUGCCUGGUUCUGAUGAAAUUCAGGUCCUGUCCUAAGGUUUUUUUCUGUCCCAGGGCCAGCAUAACCCCUGAUCUCAGGCUUUUCUUCCCAAACCCUCUGCAUACCAGAACAUGGGCCUCCAGGGUGCCAUGAAAUGCAGUUGCAGCUGGCCCCAAGGUUGUCCCCUUCCUAUUUUUAGGGAAGCAAUCCACCAGAGAAAGCCAGAUAGCUUUCAGCUAUUGGCAAGCAGAGAGGAUAUUGCCCUUUGAUGUGAACUUGGCAUUAACAAGAUCAGCUCUAGGGAAACCUGCUCUAUUACUUCCUCCUGUGAUAACAGCUCCAGUCCUGAGCAGCACUGAAUGAGCACCAGAUAAAAACACCAGAUUGACUUUGCCAGUAAGAUCGUGCAGGCUGUAGCCUGUUCCUUUUGCUCUUUCCAAAGAAUCAGGGGAUUAAUCUACUGGCAAAAUAAGUUUCUAGGCUGAGCCCCAAGGUACAGAAGUAGCUUCCAUUCGGCAUAUGGAAAUUCUCAUUUGAUGCAGUUAUUCCUGUUCUAGCUCCCGUGCAUAUUUACCUCUCUGAAUUUGGGCCUGAAUGCAUCCCAGAAAUUAUUAAUGGGAAGGGAGUUUUGCCUUCCAUAUUGUGCUUAUUUUCACCAGAAACUUGAACACUCAUUCAAGCAAAAAGCAGAAACACACACGGAGACUACAGUAUCCAAGGAAAACAGCAUCAAGACCAAGAGGGGAGGAUUAGUUGGCAAAUCACUGUCAGCAACGGCUGAGCGAGGGAACAGCAACCCGCUCACAAACACUGCAUGAACUCUUGUUUCCCCUGGUUAACCAGUCAUCCCAUAUUUCAUGCCCAGCAGCAAGUUUCACUCAGUCCCCUUUGUUUUCCCUCACAUCCCUGAAGCCAGGUCCUGCCUUCCCACCCUGUGUGUGAGGUGCUCUGGUCUCUGUGACACACGUGUGUGUUUGUGGUUUGUUGUGGUCCCAGGGAUCGCAGAUCCCUCUGGUGGGUGAUCAGGAGUUGGUCCAGGAUUUUUGGUGUAACUUUGCACAGUUGGGUCAAAGCUGUGUAAAUAGUGUUUGUAGUGCAGGAGGCUCUUUAGCCUGGACUCUGGUUUUCAAGAUCCCCUUCCCCACCACAAAUAGUGCCACUUAUCUGUCCAGGUAGCUUUUUUUUUUCCCUUCCUCUUCAUAAAUGCUAAGGUCAGUCAAAUGGCUCUUACAGUCUUUCCAUGCUCCAGAGUGGAAUCAGGGCAUGUGCACUCACAAUUGUGAAAAAACACUGCUGAACUAAUGAUGGCAUCAACUGUCCAAUAAAUGCAUGAUACUGCACUGCAUGUACUAAACUGCUGUUCACUGUUUCUGUAUUUCCCAAGCAUUUCUUUAUGCACAUUCAACCCAACCUUCUCUCUGAGGGAACUACUUCUAUGUAUUGCUUUUAAAUGACUCAAUGUAUCUGUAACUUGAAAUCCAUUGUUAAGUUUAAGUAAAUGCAAAAGCUGAUGUUUUGUAAACAAGAUACUGCAAAGCCUGGUAAUGUAUUUUGUCCUUCUGUUGAGUGCCCUGCAGCAUGUAUAGAAAGAGUCACCAUCCAGAGCAGCUAAAAAUUAGGCAGCAGUCGCACAGGUGUAGAAGCAGGGAGCUGGGGAGGUGAGAAUCCCUUUUUUAAUACAAUGCUUACAAAUCUGAUCUGCAUCAAAAUUCCUUUCCUGGGUCACUAAUGCUCAGAGCUACCAAGAAACACAUUGUUUUUUUUGUCCAAAUUGUCUCUUUGUUUUUUCUUUUUUCCUUUUGGUUUGUUUUUCCUAGUGAAAAUUCAGAUUGGUUGACUCAAAAUCUUAGUAUUUUUCUCUUCCUACAAAAUAAUUCUUUCUCACCUGUUGCAGAAUGAACUGCAUUUUGGGGACCAAGAUGCUGUGAUUCUUUGCCUGCACAAAAUAGGGCAGAAGGCUGAGCUGAAUUUUCCCAUCCUUUCCAAAGCAUCACCAGCUAACUACUACCAUUUAAUCCCUGAACCUCCAAGUAAUAGCAUUUAUCCACAGAAGAGUUUGGUGUGGUACUUCUCCAUCUUCCACAUGGAAAUCAUGUCCUUGCCUUCUCUUCCCUUAGUCAUUGACCCAUUUUCAUCUGUGCUGGUCUUUCCAAGGCAGGGUACAGGAUGGCUCCAUGGUACUUGUAUUAGCUCCAGCCCAAACCUCUUGUGGGUAUCAGCAAGGCUUUGGUCCCAGCUCCUGAGUGGCUGCUGUGUGGAAGAUGCUCGAGUUCACAACACUCAAAACAGAGUUGUGUGAAAGGACUGGGAAAUUGCUCUGUGCUCCUGGCGAGGCCAGGCCUGGGGUGCAAGCACCAUCCUGGUGGCAUAGCCCUUGGAAAUUACUCUCCAUGGUGGCCAAAAACGCCAUGAAGUCAUGAGCCUUCCUUUAAGGCUGGUGCUCGGCCAGGGCUGUGCCAUUGGUGAAUCACUGUAUGGCAGCACAACAAAUCAUCAGUUACAGACAUAAACCAGCCUGAGUUCAGAUUGCUGAGGCAGCACAUGGUGCAAGGUUCCACAAGAAGUUUGGUUUGUGCUGUGGUUCCUGGUGGGUGGGAGAUCCUAGGGGGUUGCUCAGAACAGCUCCGAGCUUUUCCAUCUCUCAUCUUGCGUCCCCUGAGCCCAGCAUGGCAUCACAAAUGCUGAGUCUUACUAGAUCAAGCAUGACCCCCAAAGUGAAGAGUGUGGAAGGUUGCAGCUCAGUUGGUGCGACUCAUGUUUUGGUCAACACAACAUCAGUGACCUGCUGUACAUUGACCUCUAGCUGAGAAACAAUAUUUUGGACUAUUUGGGCCUUUUUUUAGAUAGAUAUUUUAUUUGAGUCAGAAAAACAGUGGGGGAAAAAAACCAAAACCCUAGUCUGCCCAGAACAGUGACUCCCCAAACAUCCCCAACUGUAAAACAUCCCUCAGUUGACUUCUAAUGAAAAUGCAAGCAUGUUUUCUACAAAGGCUUAAAUCUUAAUCAAGGAAUGUCAGUGUGCCUAAUAUUGCAGGUCUUGUGAUUGAUAACAAGUUCAUAACAGCAUCCAUGUCCAAAAAGAAGGAAGAAUGUGUAUUUACUCCAUGCAUGUAUUAAGGCAUCGCAAAAGUUUUAUCUGCGUAAUGAGUUUGCAGUUCUGCAAAUUGUUAAUGGGGCUACAUCGCAAGUGGUUCUUUGCCUUGACAAUCAUGUAUACAUAUCGAGAUUUCUAUCAUAAUGACAAUUUAAAGGGAUGACUAAUUGUUUUCCUCCAAUAAAUCCAAUUAAAUCAG